CCCUCCGGGUUUAGAAACUCUGUGGUAGUAGCUUCAAGACGAGAGGCGCUCGCUCGUUACUGCGCCCCCGUAUGUGUUUACUAGCUAGCUAGCUAGCUAGCUUCUUACUAGCAUUCAGGCGCUUGACCGUGCACUAACGCAGAACAAUCAUAGUUUAUAUAGCUAAAUGAAUUAGCUCAACAAGGGGCGUGCCUACCAAGCACCAGACGAGCGAGAGAACGAGCAACUACGUGGUGGGAAGGCUAGCGAAACGGAGAGAAACAGCUCAGCUAACGUUAGCUUGCUAGUUCGGGGUUUCCUGAUCCACCGACCGUAUUUAGCUUGAUAGGAAGCUAGCUGCUGCUGGAUACGCAACUGAUAACUAGCUAGCUACUAGAGGGGAGGAAAUGAAGGACAAACAGAAGAGAAAGAAGGAACGCACGUGGGCUGAGGCGGCUCGCAUGGUAAUGCUAUCAUUAGUUGUAAUAUAGUAGCUAGCUAAUGUACUGACAGCGAAGACGAACAACACUCAUCAACCGAACUAAGAUUGGUCGGAGCCUGGGCUGUCUGGUUGGCACUGCACGUUAGCUAGCAGGGAGUGCUCGGAUAAUCUCCAACAUUAACGUAGCUAAAUCGCCAGCAUGUUAACAAUUUAAUUAGUAAAUGCAUUGAGCCCCUGAUAACGAAAUACCUUUGUUAUUCAUAUGCUUAACGUUAGUCAUUCCACGUGUGGUUGUGGCCAGAGUCAUGUAUUUAGAUGGCUCUGGUUGUAGCUAAAAUAAUGUUCAUUGUUGACAGGAGCAUAGCUAACAUACGGGUACGUCUGCCUUCCAGUUUGACCCUUUGUUUGCUAGCUAGCGAGUUAGCAUAACCAACUGUAUUGGUAAGUUAGCCAGACUACCAGUAGGACCACCAUUCAUUGAACAUGUAAACAAAGAUCUAUUUCAGAGUUAUCCACCCAAGCUAACGUUAAUUCCACUGUCUGCUCGUAUUUUAACACAUUUAGCCAGGCCCCUCUGUGGUUAUGGUCAGAGCAAGGGUCAGGGGAAUACUACCUCCAGCCUUAGUUAAUGUUAUCUAGGUGGUAGCUAGCUACGACCAAAUAAAAAGAUGGGUAAAGCCGUCUUUAUGUAGCUAUCAUCAUGGUUAUUGGAUAGCUAAGCGGCUGUAUGUAUGUAAAUGUUUUUAUUUAGCCAUGUUGAUAAAUAAGCCAGCUAAGAAUUUGCUUGUAGGUUACCAGCUAACGUUACUACCUAAUGGUAUACAAAUCAUGUCUGUGUUCUUGUGUAAUGCAAGUGUGCUUUUGGCUUUCUUCAAUGAUCAUUGCAACAUUUUAUUGUAAUUCAGUUUCCCAUUAUGGUUUCUUCCUCAACAAGACACCCUAUUCUCUAUGCUUUGUAGAGUGGUCUAAAUAUACAGGUCUACUAUAUGAGGUAGAUGAAAUAAUUUGUUGUAUCAGAGAGUACUUGGAUUAAAAUUGUGUGUGUGUGUGUGUGUAAAAAGGAUAUAGGAUUGGGAAUGUCAUGAGGUUGACACUCAGAGCUGUGUCUUGAUGCUGAGUAGGAUAAUCAGGCACCUACAUUGUGUAGUUAUGCAGAGCCCUAACACACAGUGCCCAUUUACUGCUAUAAAUGGGCUGCAUCCGGCAACAGUCCAUUAAUUUCAAUGGUAGGCAGACCCCUUCUGCGACUCAACUGCCAGACGAGGCUGCGUUGUAUAGCAGUAUCAUUGGUGUUUCUUGAGGAUCUUGAACUGGAUGCAGUUAAUGACACGUUUUAUUCAGUUCGCAUAGCUAUAAAGCCUACCAUGUUUUAUAUUGUGCAUGCAUACUGCAGAUGCAUUAUAGUUCAACUUCGGCUAAUUUCUCCUUUCUAAUAUGGGUGUGGAAGUUACUUAAAUGUAACAGGGACACAUUUUAGGGUGGGGCUCUGAUCUGUUGCCAGACUCUACUUUUCUGUUCCCUGCCUAUCAGCAUCCAUGCACGCCACAGCAGCGCUACAUAGCUCAGUGCCAUUUUUGGUUUUCACUGUGUGGGGAAUGCAUUUAUUUAUAAACCCAGGCCCAUAUGUCACUGCAGAUCCUUGUGGUGAGAAUGUGUUGGCUAGGCUAGCUUUUGGGGAGCUUAAACAAUAUUCAUAGGUUAGGCGAGUCCAGUGACUUCUGAAACUUGUGCUAUGCCAUGGUAGCUUCUCCUCAUUCUCUGAGGCAUACUGGAGUAACAGACCGAUUAGUGUUAAAAAAAGGACCCUUUCAAGCGUGGUUUGAGAACCGCUAGUGAAACACACAUACCUAGCUUGCACACUCACACAUUCAGAUAAAUGGGGAUGGGCCGGUGUGAACUUGUGCCAGUGGACACACAUGGUUGUAUCUUCAACGAGGAUAGGGGCACACGCUUCGACUGCACCCAAUUCACCAUAUGGAACAAAUCCAUUUAGGGUUGAUUAACACCACAUACAAAAAAGGAGAACCAUCAAGACACUUUUCAUAAUCUUACCAACAAUGUCAUGUUGCCUAGACAACCAUAAGCACAGUACCUUAGGCUAGUUUACCAGUUCCAAAUACAUUAUUUUAACUUAAUGCAGAUAGGCCUAUCUGCCAUGGCAUUCAUCUGGAGUUUGGUAGUGGUGUGUGAUGGGUUUUCUCCAUGCAUGACCCUGAUAGGUCUAACUUAUCCACCAUCUGGCCCCUUGAGUUCCUCAGGGACAGUUUUCAGUUUCCUUUUUCUGCGUGGACAAGGACAACAGAAUUGUUACAUUGAUUGCCACGUCUUAGCAUUCUGUAAUCAACGCCUCACCGAAUCAUGGUGCAUACUGUUGCUCUAUUGUGAUGUGCAUCUUUAGUGUGCGCCUGUGUUGUCAGUGUGCAUUUGUUGUGUUUGGAGUUGACUUUGUCUGCUUGUCUCCCUGACCGAAAUACCCUUCCUCUCCGUCAAAUUUCCUGCACGUGUGUCCUUGGGUUAAUAUAAAGCAGUGCUCUACUACCCAGUCUGUAUUAUGUAUUGUUCCUUCUCAUGCAUCCUGUCAUGAUGACACACGGAGAGGCGCUGGAUUGAUCUCACAACCUCAAGCACCUAUCUAUCUCUGGUCUUUAUUAAUGGCAAUUAAUCAAUAAUUCACUGUAUUUUUAGGUAAGUGGAGAUGGCAUUUAAAACCACCGAUGCUGCUAGGCUAUGUAGUGAUGUCACUUUAUUAUAAUUAGUUGUGUAGUGGAGGAUAAACACUGUUUACGCACCUUUUUAUUUUGCCGAGUGUUUACCCAGCUUCUGCGUAAAAAUGCAUUGAAAGUAUAGGGAGCGUAACUUUUUUCACCAUGGCUGGCAAUCAACGUUUACCCACCUAUUUUUUUUACCACUCAUCACUGAUUCAAAUGUUAGGGUACGUUUAAAUUAAUUGGUUCUCCUAGAGGGAUAGGCCUAGUUGUGGGUGUAUUCUGUGUUGUGUGCUAUUUCACUGUCUUAGUGGAUAUUAAAGCCAUACGCUUUCUGCUGACAAAGCUUGAGUGGUGAACUCAGGCGUUUUUAAACAUUUUAAUAAAUGGACGCUGGUUUUAUACACUGCCUUUUGUGAGUCUUACAUUCAUAAGGUAUGGAGUUCACAUUGUGUUGCCUUUUUUCACCUAUUUCUGAAGCUGCUGUAUUCACUUACUGGAUGUAUGGUACAGUUGUAUAGUUGGAGGUAUAUCUUAAAUUCUGUGUGUGUGGGCUAUAACAUGUUCAUGACUGACUGUAAUGUUUUCCAGGUUCUAGAGAACUUCUCUGAUGCCCCCAUGACGCCCAAGCAGAUCCUGCACGUUAUACAGACAAAGGGGCUUAAGGAAAUGAGGUAAGCAACCACCACAUACACUUAAUUAAAGGGAUAAUGCGAGAUUCUGGCAUUUAAGCCCUUGUUCUACCACUUACCCAGAAUCAGAUGAACUUGUGGAUACCAUUUUAUGUCUCUGCGGGCAGUAUGAAGGAAGUUAGUGGUAGUUUUGCGAGCCAAUGCUAACUCGCGUUAGCGCAGUGACUGGAAGUCUACAGGUACAGUAGCAAUGCUACAGUAGCAUACUGCACGCAGAGACAUACACAUGGUAUCCACAAUUUCAUCUGACUCUGGGUAAGUAGAACAAGGCCUUGAAUGCCAGAAUAUCGCAUUAUACCUUUAUACCCUUAAAGUCCAUCUCUAUGGUAAUGCAUACCAGCAACAAAACCAAGAAUAGUAUCGCUUGUGUUUAUGUAAAAUAAGUCAAUAUGUUGUGAGAAUAUCCAUGAGAAAGGAAUGUUUCUAACUCAGACUCACAUUUUUCACCAUUCCUCCAUGAUCUCUACCUGGCCCGAUCCACAAUAUGCUCAACAAAAACAGAAGGUAAGAUGGCACAAGAACAAAGGGACAAUAUUUCAAUUUUAUGUUUAGCUGUCUCUUUGAAUACCAUAGUAUUGUUCUGCUUCUCACACUCAUCUUCUCUCUUUCUCUAUCCCCCCACCCUGUCUCUCUCCCUCUCUCUCCUCUGUCCAUCAGUGGCACAGCCCCUCUGGCCUGUCUGGUGACCAUGCUGCACUCCCAGGUGAGGGGGGACAGAGUGAAAAACAGCAUCUUCUUUAAGCUUCCUGGCAGGAUGAGUCUGUUUACCUUGAAGGUAUGGAACCAGCCCACUCCACACACCCAUACCUCAAACACGCACACCCCUCUUAUCCCUACCCCUAAUAAACCUCAUACAAACCCAUAUCUGGAAUACACACAUACAUGUUUCUGAUAGGAAUCUCUCUUCUGACUGUCCCUCUGCAGAAGAACGCUCUGCAGUGGACCAAGAGUUCGACAGAGGCGGAGACAGCCGAAGCCACCACACCGGCUACCGCUACCACGGCAACAGCAGGGCCAACGGAAGGUGCGGAGCAAGAGAGCUGUGACUCCAUGGAAAUGGUUGCGGCCAGUGGAGAGAACGAUGGUGUGUAUGGUUGUGAUCACCACAUGCCUUCAUCAGUGAUAAUUUAGUGGAGGGUAAACACACGUAAAUGCCCUUUUUUAUUUGGUGUUUACUUUUACUGUAAAUUAGCAUUGUUGGAGUUUACAUUACUCACCGCCCAUCUUAUCAACCGCCCUUUUACAGUUUAUCCACCAUUUGUUUUUACCACUACAUCCCUGGUCUUUAUUAAGCACUGUGACUGCCCUGUUAAAAGGCACUUUGAAAACAACACAGGAAUAUUAUCGUGAUAAAGGCGGAAAGAGCAAGCCCACGAUAGAAUGAAUUGAAGUGCUUUUAAACAACUGCAAAGCAGAGACAUACAUUUUUUAUUCUUCUUAGGAUGUUUGUUGCCAUGGUUACGGGUGCACAUGAAACUGCCAACCGUGGCCUAGAUCUGUGUGUGUGUGUGUGUUUAUUUUAAAGAUAAACAUUUGUUUGGGUUUGUGUGGGAGCUCCCGUUUAUCUGAGUACAUGGCUGAAAAGUGCUAGAUGAUAAACACACCAUCACCAAUUGUGAUAACGGAAACCAAAACAUGUGCAGUGUGAAAAGCAUUGUCAGUGUUUGUGGUCCAUGGACCAUUUAUCAUCAACUAAGCCAUUUGGAACCCAGUAAAGAUAUAACAAUUUGGUAUCUGACCAUAGCCCCCUCUACCCCUCACAGCGUCCGUAGAUGAGAGCUCGUCCAGUGCCUCCUGCUCCACAGAGCCCCAGACCAGGCUGAGUAGAUCUGGAGUCUCUGGACAGGUGCGCUCCGAGGCCCAGGCACAGACCCGACUAAGUCGAUCCAGACAGGUACGCUUUACCCCCCCCUCACUCCCCCUCCCCUCCCCUCCCAACCUGGCUGUCUGUGUACUGUUGCUCAAUAGGGAUAUUAUAGGUGGUUGCUCAUAGUGUGCAUAGAUCGAGUCUGAAGAGGUUUUUAUGAGUACUAGAUGCAUAGAAAAUGAUUGCGGAUUGAAGUUCCCCUUUAUGUCUGGCUUAGUGAUAACCUCCGCAUUCUAUUACCUCUCACAAUGUCCGUUUCUCUCCUUCGCUGCAGUCGAGCAGACAGAGGAAGAAGGCUGUGAUGAUGCCGCGUGUGGUCCUCACUCCACUCAAGGUCAAUGGUGAACACGUCCCAUCAGGUUAGCACUUCUCUCUGCUAGCCCCUUUGCUACCCUAAACCCAUCUCUCUGUACACACACACACACACACACACUCUUCCAUUUGUAGCAUUACACACACACACACACCUCUAAGUCAUAUUCCUACGGUGGUCUUGGACCAUUUCUCACCCAGCAUUGGCCUCUACUGCUUUGCCAGUCUUUUUAUUUAUGUGUUGCAUAUUUACUUUUUCAGCAGCCUUCUUAGACUGUAACCUCUCAGAGCUCUUCAGGUUACUCAGUAACCUCUGGGUAACAAAAACACCUGUCUGUUAAUGGCCUUUAAACUGUUUUAGUACUAUCUAUGGGAAGAAAGUGUAGGAAUGGCUAGUGUUCCUGCAGGUGCCGUGUUGACUGAAAUGUGACCUGUGUGCAGUUUUGACCGUGCUCCUCGUGUGCACCCAGAGUCUUUCUCUCAUUCUGACGUUCCCCUGAAACCCUCCCCUCUUGUGGCUGAUUGUCUGCCAGUCUCUGCGUGCAGAAUAACCCUCCUAGCCACUCAUUGUCUGAGUGCAACUUCAAUAUCUGUCCUCCCUGCUUAUUUUUGUGUGCACCUGGAAAUUCCAGUCUCAUAUCAGUCCUUCCCUCCCGCCUUACAUUUAGCUGCCCAGUAAACCAAAUUGCUCUGUAUGAGGUGGGGGGAGCACUUUCUGAGAUUUCUGCUCCACCCUACCCUCCAACCUCCUCUCUCUGUGUCAAUGUGGGCCUGGGUAAUUGCUCCCCUUGCUUUGUGUCUGUACUACUCACCCCUCCCAAUCCCCCCACCCCACCCCGUGCUAUGGGCUCUGCUGCCCCCACUUUUGGCUUGUCUGCCUGACCUGCCCACCCCCGCCUUCCCGCUCGUAAGUCCCCCCCCCCCCCCCUCACACACCUGACCGGAGUGUCUCACCAGGCUCCCCCUCCCCCCACCUCUCCCCCUCAGGAGCAGCGGGGAGGCGCAGGGAAGGCUCUAGGGGGGGUCCAGGCCCCACGCUCCGUGCCCGCCCCGAGCUGGCUAGCUGGAAACGCCCCCAGCACUUCAAGAGCUUGCGUGGCUACCACUCAGGUACAGGGGUUAGACCCGGGUAUAAUCAAGCCCACCAACCCAACCAAACUCCCUCCAGUAAACCCUAAAACACCAACCUACCUCUCCCAGUUGUAACCCAGUUUUAUUUUUCUUUCAUCAUUGUUCAGGACACCUUUGGCAAAGAGAUAUGCCUGAUGGAACCUGAACUGUAAAUAAUUUGACAAAUCUGUAUAUCUUAUGAUUUUAGCUGUCACAAAUGAAGAGGUUAAACAACAUAAUCUGGACAUAGUACACAAUCUGUAGAACUAUUAGAUGUAUGUCUCAGAUUCUACACAGGUCAGCUGUCUACGAAUAAGCACCAAACCUGGACUUUGGCUCAAUCUCAGACUGACAGGGUGAUUUGGUAGCUAACCAAUGGUACGCUGGUCGCUAACAUUGUCAGGGUUGCAUUGGUCACUAAUGCUAACUGAACAGCAGUGCUUUGCAGGUUGCUAACUGAAUGCCAGGGUCGGCUAGCUAUCCCAACAUUGGCCACCCGGCCAGGACAUACUUAACCGCUCACUGACUGAUAGCUGUUGUGAUUGUGCUGGCUGCUAAACUAAACGCCUGAAUGACUGGCUCUUAACUGGAGUUGUAUUGGCUGGCAAUGGAACGGCCACGCUGUGCUUGCUGUUAGUUGAAUUAAUGAAUUUAAACCCAUAUCCAUUGGAUAGCAUUAGCCAGUUGCGGGCCUGUGGUUGUGUUUGUCUGCAGGGCCCAUGAAGAGGAGCCGAGGCGGGGUGGAGGUGGACUUUGAGACGCCCGGCUCCAUCCUGGUCAACACCAACAUCAGGGCUCUCAUCAACAUGCGCACCUUCUCUGCCUUCCCAGCCCACUCCCAACAUCAACUCCUGCAGCUCCUCCCCGAGGUCGACCGCCAGGUGAGGGGGCGUGCUCAUCAUUUAUAAUCAUAGUCAUAAUUUAUAACUCUCAAGGACAGUUUCCCGGACCCAGGUUAAACCUUUCCCUGGACUAAAAAUAUUUUUCUAUGGAGAUUCUCUAUUGGAGUGUGCCUUUUUAGUCCAGCCCAUAAUGUCUCAUAAUUUCUUAGUACCAUAUAGUUUUUUGGAUUUCUCGUACAGCCCUAUGUCUGUGAAUGUAACCCAGUAUGUUCUGUCCUGUCUUCCCUCUUCUCUAGGUGGGACCUGACGGUCUGGCUCGCCUCAGUAACUCUGCUCUCAACAAUGAAUUCUUCACUCACGCCUCCCAGAGCUGGAAGGAAAGGCUUGCUGAGGGUUAGUACCUACAGUGAGGGAAAAAAGUAUUUGAUCCCCUGCUGAUUUUGUACGUUUGCCCACUGACAAAGAAAUGAUCAGUCUAUAAUUUUAAUGGUAGGUGUAUUUGAACAGUGAGAGACAAAAUAACAACAACAAAAUCCAGAAAAACGCAUGUCAAAAAUGUUAUAAAUUGAUUUGCAUUUUAAUGAGGGCAAUAAGUAUUUGACCCCCUCUCAAUCAGAAAGAUUUCUGGCUCCCAGGUGUCUUUUAUACAGGUAACGAGCUGAGAUUAGGAGCACACUCUUAAAGGGAGUGCCCCUAAUCUCAGCUUGUUACCUGUAUAAAAGACACCUGUCCACAGAAGCAAUCAAUCAAUCAGAUUCCAAACUCUCCACAAUGGCCAAGACCAAAGAGCUCUCCAAGGAUGUCAGGGACAAGAUUGUAGACCUACACAAGGCUGGAAUGGGCUACAAGACCAUCGCCAAGCAGGUGACAAUAAUAAUAAUAAUAAUAUGCCAUUUAGCAGACGCUUUUAUCCAAAGUGACUUACAGUCAUGCGUGCAUACAUUUUUGUGUAUGGGUGGUCCCGGGGAUCGAACCCACUACCUUGGCGUUACAAGCGCCGUGCUCUACCAGCUGAGCUACAGAGGACCACAACAGUUGGUGCGAUUAUUCGCAAAUGGAAGAAACACAAAAGAACUGUCAAUCUCCCUCUGCCUGGGGCUCCAUGCAAGAUCUCACCUCGUGGCAUUGCAAUGAUCAUGAGAACGGUGAGGAAUCAUCCCAGAACUACAUGGGAGGUUCUUGUCAAUGAUCUCAAGGCAGCUGGGACCAUAGUCACCAAGAAAACAAUUGGUAACACACUACGCCGUGAAGGACUGAAAUCCUGCAGCGCCCGCAAGGUCCCCCUGCUCAAGAAAGCACAUAUACAGGGCCGUCUGAAGUUUGCCAAUGAACAUCUGAAUGAUUCAGAGGAGAACUGGGUGAAAGUGUUGUGGUCAGAUGAGACCAAAACUGAGCUCUUUGGCAUCAACUCAACUCGCCGUGUUUGGAGGAGGAGGAAUGCUGCCUAUGACCCCAAGAACACCAUCCCCACCGUCAAACAUGGAGGUGGAAACAUUGCUUUGGGGGUGUUUUUCUGCUAAGGGGACAGGACAACUUCACCGCAUCAAAGGGACGAUGGACGGGGCCAUGUACCGUCAAAUCUUGGGUGAGAACCUCCUUCCCUCAGCCAGGGCAUUGAAAAUGGGUCGUGGAUGGGUAUUCCAGCAUGACAAUGACCCAAAACACACGGCCAAGGCAACAAAGGAGUGGCUCAAGAAGAAGCACAUUAAGGUCCUGGAGUGACCUAGCCAGUCUCCAGACCUUAAUCCCAAAGAAGAUCUGUGGAGGGAGCUGAAGGUUCGAGUUGCCAAACGUCAGCCUCGAAACCUUAAUGACUUGGAGAAGAUCUGCAAAGAGGGGGACAAAAUCCCUCCUGAGAUGUGUGCAAACCUGGUGGCCAACUACAAGAAAUGUCUGACCUCUGUGAUAGCCAACAAGGAUUUUGCAAAGGGGUCAAAUACUUAUUUCCCUCAUUAAAAUGCAAAUCAAUUUAUAACAUUUUUGACAUGCGUUUUUCUGGAUUUUGUUGUUGUUAUUCUGUCUCUCACUGUUCAAAUAAACCUACCAUUAAAAUUGUAGAAUGAUCAUUUCUUUGUCAGUGGGCAAACGUACAAAAUCAACAGGGGAUUAAAUACUUUUUUCCUUCACUGUACUAUGGUUGGUAUAAAGCCCCACUGAUAUCACAUGACUAGGGGUUAGUGACUGGCUACACAUUUACAUUUACGUCAUUUAGCAGACGCUCUUAUCCAGAGCGACUUACAUUAUUUUUUAAUUUUUUUAAUUUUUCAUACCCCGUGGGAAUCGAACCCACAACCCUGGUGUUGCAAACGCCAUGCUCUAACAACUGAGCUACAUCCCUGCCGGCCAUUCCCUCCCCUACCCUAGACGACGCUGGGCCAAUUGUGCGCCGCACACACGGGGAACUCCUUCUCUUCAGGAGUUAAUUCGCUAGCUAUUUAUUUUACUCUACAGAAAUUGCCGGGUAUUUUUCUAGAAAUAACAGGGUGUACAAUAAUAACCCAUGAAUUACUGUCUCUUGGGUAUUCAGUACCAGAAUGUACCCAUUUAUACUAUCAUAUAGCUUCCUACUAAAUACCAUGCAAAUACCAGGAGAAACAGAGUCAGUCAAUACAUGAAUGAAGGUAUUACUUAAAACGCUAUAGCCAGAUAUGUGGGUUAAUCUUGUGUAAUAUUGUUUGACCUGCUCAGGGGAGUUCACCCAUGAGAUGCAGGUGCGAUUUCGCCAGGAGAUGGAGAAAGAGAAGAAAGUGGAGGCAUGGAAGGAGAAGUUCUUUGAGGAGUACCACGGACAAAAGUAAGUCUCCUGAAUACCCCCAGCCACAACAUCGGCUGUUAUUCCAUGGACCAUUUGCAAAUUACUUGAUUAUUUCAACUGUAUAACACUUUUAUAGAAGUAUAUACUCUGUGUACUAAUGUUGUGUUCUAUUGCUGCAGGUCUGGCCUGACCCGGGAAGAGUCUCUGAAGUUGACGAUGAGCGACGCGGCCGAUGCUGCCACCAGCGUCCUGGACAGCAAGGUGGCCUUGGUGGCGGCGGGAACGCCCAAGCGCCGCAGCGUGGGCAGGCGGCGGCGGGACGGCAGGAUGAGACGGCGAACGCGGGCAGACUUGAGACGCAGGGCGCAACGCACCCUCUGUAAGACCAACUCCCCCACCCUGCAGUCCUCCAAGCAGCCGGAGGGCACACUCACUUUAGACGCAGCUUCUUCUGUCUCUGUCCCCUCGCCCGUCCCAGAGGCCACCACGGUGCAGGGAGGAGAGGUGGUGUUGCAGGCCGACUGUAGACUGGAGGCCCCGGCCCAGUGUGCCUCCCUAGAGCCCGUGCCCUGCCCUUCCCCUGUGUCUGCGCUCCCAUUUGUGACCGUGCCUGAGCCUGAGCCCACCCCAUGUCCCAGCCCUGUAUCCACCCCAUGUCCCAGCCCUGUAUCCAUCAGCACCAGCGAUGAGCCUGAAGUCACCGCCCGCCUGCUCCCCGAAGAGCCUGCACCUGCCGUCGCCUCCACCUCCUCUCCCUGCUCCUCAUCUUCCUCCUCCUCCUCGUCCUCCUCCCCUUCCUCCUCUCCCUCCUCCAACUCCGAGAGACAGGGGGGGUUCACCGCCGGCUUGGACUCUUCCUCCUCGUCCUCUUCUUCCUCCACGGCCGCUGCCACCGCUGAUCCGCUGGACGAUGGGGCUUCCAUGGUCACCUCGGUCACGGGGGGCACGGCCACCAGCAGCCGGGAGAGCAGCCCUGCAGCCAGCCCCACCCCCAUCACUGCCCAAGCCACCAAGGAGCAGAAGAGGAGGCCAGACGAGCCCCAGGCCUUCUCCAGCUUCCCCGAAAAGAGGCCGCGAAUGGAAGAUCGUCAGUCCUUUCGUACCACAAUCGACGGGGUUCACACGGAAAAGCCGCAGCCGACAGCAGAGGAGCCCAAGGUCCCACCUAUCCGGGUAUGAGGUCACCAUUUGUAAUUGUAAGUCUUUAUUGUGGCUGUAGUGGUGCAGUGGCAGGCACUCAAUUUCCUAAGACCUGGAAUCCACAAUCUGUAAAGUAAGUUUGAUUAUUGUGAUUUGUCUCCACCAAAAAUGUCAAAUCACCUUGCCAGAAACCAGCUUCCUUCUCUGAAGAUGGUAAAUCAUUAGUGAUGAUUGACUGGGUUUCGGUGUGGGAUUCUUAGCCAAGCAAUGCAUGCGAAUGUCCGUUAUAUGGCCUUUGAAAAAUCCAUGUUUGACAUGCUCUCCUUGUCUGUAUCCCUCCAGAUUCAACUCUCCAGAAUCAAACCGCCCUGGGUCAAAGGGCCGCCAACCUACCAGAUCUGUCCCCGCAUCGUGCCCCCCGGCGAGGGCUCGCGGCGCUCUGGGACGGGGGCGCGCACCCUGGCGGACAUCAAAGCCCGCGCCCAGCAGGCCCGGGCCCAGCGCGAGGCCGCUGCUGCUGUUGCAGCCACUGGGGACGGACCAGGGCCGGGCGGGGGCAGGGCUGGUGCUGGGCUACAGGAUCGCAGCAGUGGAAGACGAACACGAGAGCACCCAGGACCCGUCGAGCCCGGAGGAGGAGCAGGAGGCGUGGAGAAGCAGGGAUUGCCUGCGGGCUCUCAUCCACCUGGAACACAACUACAGCAGUCCAAAUUAGAGCCCUCCUCUACCCCCACCCCGAACACAGCUGCCUCGUCCCCCUCCCUGUCCACCUCCUCCAACCCCUCCCUGUCCUCCUCCGAGCCCCCGCAAACCCCCACUCCAUCCCCAACCACCCAGGAGGAGCGACUGGGGGAGCUGAGUGGGGACGAGGGGACUACACCAACACCACCACCACCACCAGUCAAAGGCACCUCCAAUGGACUCUCAGACAAUGCAGCACUGCUGGAGCCUGAGUCUGUGUCCAGCCACCUCAGAGGGCGAGGCGAAGGGGACGACUGUGAUAGGACAACGGCCCAAAGUGGUCCCCUGGCGCCCACCUCCAUCCCAGAUUCUCUGCCCAGGUUCGGGGCCCAGGGAGUAGACGUGAUCAGGUCCCUGGCUGGCACCGAGCAGGCCAGGGGGGAGCACAGGGGGGCAGGGGGAGGAGGGGGCGUCAUCCAGCAUGGUUCCCACCACGUGGGGCCACAAGAGAACCCCCCCAUCCUGGCCAGAGAGGGCCACAGCCAGGGCAAAAAGCAGUCGGAGCCCCUGGAGAGGGCGAGAGAAACAGCCUCCCUCCCUCGUCUCCCACCUUCAGUCAGAGAGGACGAGGCAGGGCAUCACAGUGACUCCACGGAGACGGCCUCUGACUGCGAGAACGAGAGCCAGGAGGAGGAGCCCCACCUGAGCAUGUGGAGCCACCACCUGCCCGCUCAGCGCAACGGCAACAUCCAGCACCUCCAAAGGUUGUCUCAGCAGGCCCAUGGCCAGCCUGUGAUCUGCAGCCCCCCUCUACAGCAAAACCAGCAGCCAGUCAUCCAGGCUCACAUGUCCAACCACCACAGCCACAGCCAAACGGUCAUCCAGCCCUGCUUCCCCAACGGUCUGCCCAGCCAGAGUCUCAUACAGCCAGGCCAAAAGCAGCAGCAGCCUGGAUGCACUCCCCACCCAGACCAACAGGCUCUCGCUGCGCCACAUUCCCAAGCCCAGAGGGGGCACAAAACAGACCCAAUGGAUGACUACAAAGCGUCCAGCCGGGGCUCGGCUGAGGAGGACUGUAGGCUGGGGCUGAAGCCCUCUCCCAUCCACCCCACCGCUGGCUCCAAGAGGCUCCCUAGUUCGGCCCGGCCCGUGUCCACAGUGGAGGCCAACAAUCCUCUGGUCACCCAGCUGCUCCAAGGCAGCCUCCAGCUGGAGAAAGUCCUGCCGCAGACGCACUCGUCUAGCAAGCUAGAGAUCAACCGCCUGCCAGGGGGGCCCCAGCCAGCCCCCCAGUCCCAGCUCAUCCGGCAACAACAGACCAGGAACCCGGGCCCUCGCUUCAGGGCCCCCACAGAGGCCCAUACGGGGGAGUCCCUGGUCCCCGAGUUGUCCUCUCAGAACCAACAGAAUUCCCCUGCAGGCCGAGGAGGCUCCCCUGGAGCAAGCCGGAGCGUCGGGUCCUCUCCCCCAGGCACAGUGCCCUCCCGCAUGGCCUGCCUGCUGGAGGAGGCCUCCUCUCGGGCCACGGCCAUGCAACAGUACCUGUCCCAGCAGCCAGGAGGCGCUGUGCCCCCCGGGGCCGUGCCCGUCAUCACAUCUCUCUCUUCUUCGUCCUCUUCCUCCAGACGGAACUCCCAAGAGUCAGCCGUCAUCCGAGAGUCUCCGGAGAGGCACCACAACAACCUCACUCAGCCCCGGGCCACCCCGGACCUCUGCCCAUCUGAGGUGGUCCCCUCUGUCAAGAUAAACUGGCACCCUUCCAAACCCCACCCCCCGCACCAAAAGCAGCUCUCGCCCGCACCCAGCGUGAAGAGCGAGGUCACCUCCCGGCCCUCUUGUCAAGCUCUUUCCAAAACCUCCCCCUCUGGCCCCAUGGUAGGUGGCGGGCCAGGUAUGGUGGUCACCAAAAAGGAGGCAGUGAACUCUAUGGAUGGUUACCUGACUGGAGGAGGUGGGGCUAUGGAGGGACUGCUGAACAUGGAGAUGUCCUUAGCCCGCAUGGCUAAGAAGGAGGCGCAGAGCAAAGCUCAGUACUCUUCCACCUCCCCCUCCUCUUCAUCCUCCUCCUCCUCAACCUCCUCCCUCCCUUUCCAGCUCUACGGUAAGCUGCCCAAGCAGGGCUGCGGUGUGGCGGCGCCCGGCUUCAGCUACACGGCCAACGUGUCGAUGGUGGACGGCAGCGGCUUCUCGAGGAGCAUCGCUGACGGCGUCCUGCAGCUGCGUCAGCGCCACAGUGCCAGCCAGAGCGCCACGCUCAGCAUCCAGGCGUUCGCAGACAGCGCCGCUGAGGAGGUGGCCCUCAAGUGCUCCUGCCGCCUCAAGGCCAUGAUCAUGUGCCAGGGCUGCGGGGCCUUCUGCCACGACGACUGCAUCGGCCCCUCCAAACUCUGUGUAUCCUGCCUGGUGGUCAGAUAG